GGUGUGCGCAUCAUGUGCUGCGAGGGCUGGCCGGAGAUUUGUGGACGGCGCUCGGGGAGCGUUAAAUUGAUCAGAUGCUCAUUGUAGCUCAACCUGCCAGCUGAUCGGAAGCUCUCGCGCUUUCUCUCGGGUUUGGUCUCCCAGGCUGAUCUUGAAGGCGGAACGCCCGCGGAGGUGAAGUGGACUGCGAGAACCAAGGCGAAGCAAAGGCGGAGCAGACAGGACAGGAUAACGGGGCUGGGGUGCAGGAGGGUUGCGGGGUGGGGAUGGCUUGCGAUUCCUCUGCUGCGUCCAUCCUGGCGGGGAGAACAUGCUAGGUUGUAAGAGACUCCAGUCGCUGCAGCCGUUUCCUCAGGAUUGAUGAUGCUACUUUCAAUGCCCGUAUGCUUCUCCUUCGGAUUUUAUUACACCUGGAUUGUUCUUCUGGCCCCGGAGUGUAGAUGAUGAUUGUGGCAAAGACGAUGUUGUCCUGUCCCUGAAAAAGAAACCGUUUUAUAUCACAUUCUAACCAUAUAGAGCACACUGACUUCGUUUUCUUCAAAAAGCGACGAUUCCGAAAGCAAAUCCGUUUUAAUCAGCGAGCAUCAACAAAUGAAUGGCGCGGUUUGGAGACGAAGUACCGUCCAGGUAUGGCGGGGGACCGGGCCAGGGGGGCCCCGGCCGUGGCGGGAGCAGGCAGGGCGGCCCGCCGGGAGCCCAAAGGAUGUACAAGCAAUCUAUGGCCCAGCGAGCAAGGACCAUGGCCCUGUACAACCCGAUACCUGUCCGACAGAACUGCUUGACGGUCAACCGCUCCCUGUUUCUCUUCAGCGAAGACAACGUGGUGCGAAAAUACGCCAAAAAGAUCACCGAAUGGCCUCCAUUUGAGUACAUGAUCCUGACCACCAUCAUCGCUAACUGCAUCGUCCUGGCUCUGGAGCAGCACCUGCCCGACAUGGACAAGACACCCAUGUCCGAGCGACUGGACGACACAGAGCCCUACUUCAUCGCCAUCUUCUGCUUCGAGGCGGGCAUCAAGAUCCUGGCGCUGGGCUUCGCCUUCCACAAGGGCUCCUACCUACGCAACGGCUGGAACGUCAUGGACUUUGUGGUGGUUCUGACCGGUAUCUUGUCCACAGUGGGCUCAGAGUUUGACCUGCGAACCCUCCGAGCCGUCAGAGUGUUGAGACCCCUGAAGCUGGUGUCAGGAAUUCCCAGCCUUCAGGUGGUGCUGAAGUCCAUCAUGAAGGCCAUGAUCCCGCUGCUGCAGAUCGGCCUGCUGCUCUUCUUCGCCAUUCUCAUGUUCGCCAUCAUCGGUCUGGAGUUCUACAUGGGCAAGUUCCACACCACCUGCUUCAGCAACACCACUGGGGAGAUGCAGGACGAGAACCCCUGCGGGAACGAAACGGUGGCGAGGCAGUGCGAGGAGGGCGCCGUGUGCCGGAAGUACUGGAUCGGGCCCAACCACGGCAUCACGCAGUUCGACAACAUCCUGUUCGCCGUGCUCACCGUCUUCCAGUGCAUCACCAUGGAGGGCUGGACCGAGCUGCUCUACUACAGCAACGAUGCCUCAGGGAGCACCUGGAACUGGAUGUACUUCAUCCCCCUCAUCAUCAUCGGGUCCUUCUUCAUGCUGAACUUGGUGCUGGGUGUGCUGUCUGGGGAAUUUGCCAAAGAGAGGGAGCGCGUGGAGAACAGGAGCGAGUUUCUCAAACUGAGACGGCAGCAGCAGAUUGAGCGGGAGCUGAAUGGAUACCUGGAGUGGAUCUGCAAAGCAGAAGAGGUGAUUCUAGCAGAGGACGAGAAUGACACUGGAGAUUUUGAUGGGUCCCGGAGAAGGCCGACGAUGAAGAAGAGCAAGACGGAGCUGCUGAACCCUGAGGAGGGCGAGGACCACCUGGGGGACAUGGGCGUGGGCUCGCCCUUCGCCCGCUCCAGCAUCAAGAGCGGCAAGGAGGGCUCCAGCUUCAGCAAGCGCGAGCGGCGGUUCCGCUUCUUCGUCCGCCACAUCGUCAAGACGCAGGCCUUCUACUGGACCGUGCUCAGCCUGGUGGGCCUCAACACGCUGUGCGUGGCCAUCGUCCACUACAAGCAGCGCGAGCUGCUGUCCGACUUCCUCUUCUACGCGGAGUUCAUCUUUCUGGGCCUCUUCAUGUCGGAGAUGUUGAUAAAGAUGUACGGCCUGGGGAGCCAGCCCUACUUUCACUCCUCCUUCAACUGCUUCGACUGCGCCGUCAUUGUGGGCAGCAUAUUCGAGGUGAUCUGGGCCGUGGUGAAGCCGGGAACCUCCUUUGGCAUCAGUGUCUUACGAGCCCUCAGGUUAUUGAGGAUCUUCAAAGUGACCAAGUACUGGUCGUCCCUGCGGAACCUGGUGGUCUCGCUGCUGAGCUCGAUGAAGUCCAUCAUCAGUCUGCUCUUCCUCCUCUUCCUCUUCAUCGUGGUCUUCGCCCUGCUGGGCAUGCAGCUGUUCGGUGGCCAGUUUAACUUCGAAACCGGCACUCCCCCCACCAACUUCGACACCUUUCCUGCAGCAAUAAUGACCGUUUUUCAGAUCCUGACGGGCGAGGACUGGAACGUGGUGAUGUACGACGGCAUCGCGUCGCAGGGCGGGGUCAAAAAAGGCAUGGUCUUCUCCAUCUUCUUCAUCGUCCUCACCCUCUUCGGGAACUACACCUUGCUCAACGUGUUCCUGGCCAUCGCCGUGGACAACCUGGCUAACGCGCAGGAGCUGACCAAGGACGAGCAAGAGGAGGAGGAGGCCACCACUCAGAAGAUCGCUCUGCAGAAGGCCAAGGAGGUGGCCGAGGUCAGCCCCCUGUCUGCAGCCAACCUCUCCAUCGCAGCUAAGGAGCAGCAGAAGAAUCAGAAGGGGCCCAAGUCGGUGUGGGAGCAGCGCACCAGCGAGAUACGCCGCCAGCACAUGAUGACCAGCAGGGAGGCGCUGUACAACGAGCUCGACGCCGAGGACAACUGGAAGGUCUCGUACCCGCGGCACAUGAAGACGCACCUGGACCGGCCGCUGGUGGUGGACCCGCAGGAGAACCGCAACAACAACACCAACAAGACGCGGCCCAGCGAGGGCCCGGAGCCGGACCAGCGGCUGAGCCAGCAGCGGGCCGAGGAGUUCCUGCGCAAGCAGGCUCGCUACCAGGAGAGGGGCGGGGUCGGGGGAGGCGGCGGGGGGCGGCUCUACGAGAGGGCGGACUCCGGCGAGGCCCGCAGGGUGCGGAAGGAGCACGAUCUGGGCCACUGCAACCUCAGCCAGCAGUCCCUCACCCGCCUGGACAGCCCCGACGAGCGGCCCGACGAGCGGCCCGCCGACCCCCAGCGCCGGCACCAGCACCGGCCGCCGCCGGGCCGAGCUGUGGACGGGCACGGGGCCUCCCCGCGCCGGGACGGGGGCCGCCCCGAGCACCGGCGCCCCCGACAGCACCGCAGGCCCCCCGACGAUGAGGAGGGGGGAGGAGGAGGAGGAGGGCGGGGCAGCCGACACAGGGGCCCCGGGCCGGAUGGAGGCGGGGACUCUGAUCACAUGGAUGAAACAGACAGGAGGCAGAGACGCCAUCGCCACGGCUCCCAGUCCACCAAUGACAACGAAGGAAGGAAGGACAGGGAGCGGGUCCGACAGCACCGGGGCAGGAACAGCGAGGGCCAGGGUAACGGCCCCACCCUCUCCACCACCAGGCCCAUCCAGCAGCUGGUCCCGCGGCAGGACAGCCAGCGCAGCGAGGACAUGGACAACGUGAAGAACAGCAAGCUGGCCACGCGGUCCCCGAGCGGCUCCGACCCCCACCUGCACGGCAACCGCAGCCCCGCCCGGCCCGGCGACGACGACGACCGCGCCCGCAACGCCCUCAACGCCCUCAACCGCGCCGCCCCCCUGGGCAGAACGCCGGGGAUGGGCCCCGAGAGCGCCGUCAUCCUCACCAACCCCGUCCCGGCCCCCACCCCCGGCAGGACCGCCGGCACCAGGCCUGAGCACACGGCGGUGGACAUGCCGCCCGUGUACCCGUCCAUCAACGCCAUCCUGCAGGUGAAUAAGAAUGCAAACACAGAGCCUUCGCCUAAGAAGGACGAGGAGAAGAAAGAGGAGGCGGGUGAUGAUGACAACGGCGACGAGGGAGGGACAAAACCCAUGCCCCCCUUCAGCUCCAUGUUCAUCCUGUCCACCACCAACCCGUUCCGGAGGCUGUGCCACUACAUCGUGACGCUGCGCUACUUCGAGAUGUGCAUCCUGCUGGUCAUCGGCAUGAGCAGCAUCGCCCUGGCGGCCGAGGACCCGGUCCAGGCCAACUCCCCCCGCAACAACGUGUUGCGGUACUUUGACUACGUCUUCACCGGAGUGUUCACCUUUGAGAUGCUGAUUAAGAUGGUAGACCUGGGGCUGGUCCUGCACCAGGGGGCCUAUUUUCGGGACCUGUGGAACAUCCUGGACUUUAUAGUGGUUAGUGGUGCCCUGGUGGCCUUCGCCUUCACGAGCAGCACCCGGGGGAGCAGUAAGGGGAAAGACAUCAGCACCAUCAAGUCCCUGCGAGUUCUGAGGGUGCUGCGUCCACUGAAGACCAUCAAACGACUGCCCAAGCUCAAGGCUGUGUUUGACUGUGUGGUGAACUCUCUGAAGAAUGUUCUGAACAUCCUGAUUGUCUACAUGCUCUUCAUGUUCAUCUUCGCUGUGGUGGCUGUGCAGCUGUUCAAGGGGCGCUUUUUCUACUGCACCGACGAGUCCAAGGAGUUUGAGCAUGACUGCAGAGGCGAGUACCUGGUGUACGAGCGUAAUAACGAGGUGAAGGCGCAGAAGCGGUUGUGGAAGAAAUACGAUUUCCACUACGACAACGUGCUUUGGGCCCUGCUCACCCUCUUCACCGUGUCUACUGGAGAGGGGUGGCCCCAGGUCCUGAAACAUUCAGUGGACGCCACUUAUGAGGAUCAGGGCCCGAGCCCGGGGUACCGGAUGGAGAUGUCCAUCUUUUACGUGGUGUAUUUCGUGGUCUUCCCCUUCUUCUUCGUGAACAUCUUCGUGGCUCUCAUCAUCAUCACCUUCCAGGAACAGGGUGACAAGAUGAUGGAGGACUACAGUCUGGAAAAGAACGAGAGAGCCUGUAUUGACUUCGCCAUCAACGCCAAGCCGUUGACGCGUCACAUGCCACGGAACAGGCUGAGCUUCCAGUACCGCAUGUGGCAGUUUGUGGUCUCGCCGCCGUUCGAGUACACCAUCAUGGCCAUGAUCGCGCUCAACACCAUCGUGCUCAUGAUGAAGUAUGAUGGAGCAGGCGCAGUCUAUGAGAGUGUUCUGAAGAACCUGAACAUUGUAUUCACCUCCCUGUUCUCCAUGGAGUGUGUGUUGAAGAUCAUCGCCUUUGGAGUUCUGAAUUAUUUCAAAGACGCCUGGAAUGUUUUUGAUUUUGUCACCGUCCUCGGCAGCAUCACAGACAUUUUAGUGACAGAGCUAUGGGACAACUUCAUCAACCUGAGUUUCCUGCGGCUGUUCCGGGCUGCUCGGCUCAUUAAGCUGCUCAGGCAGGGCGAGACCAUUCGCAUCCUGCUCUGGACCUUCGUCCAGUCCUUCAAGGCGCUGCCGUACGUCUGCCUGCUCAUCGCCAUGCUCUUCUUCAUCUACGCCAUCAUCGGGAUGCAGCUCUUUGGGAACCUCGAUCUUAAUGAUGAAGAGGGUGCCAUUAACCAGCACAACAACUUCAGGACCUUCGUCAUGGCCCUAAUGCUGCUCUUCAGGAGUGCGACAGGAGAGGCGUGGCACGACAUCAUGCUGUCCUGCCUGGGAGGGAGCAAGUGUGACCCUCGCUCCGGGAACAAGGAGGACGAGUGCGGCAGCUCGUUUGCCUACGCCUACUUCGUGUCCUUCAUCUUCCUCUGUUCUUUUCUGAUGCUGAACCUCUUUGUGGCUGUCAUUAUGGACAACUUUGAGUACCUGACACGCGACUCCUCCAUCUUGGGGCCUCACCACCUGGACGAGUAUGUCCGAAUCUGGGCAGAGUAUGACCCAGCAGCGUGCGGCCGCAUUCAUUAUAAGGACAUGUACAGUUUAUUGCGUGUAAUCUCCCCCCCUCUGGGCUUAGGAAAGAAAUGUCCCCAUAGGGUGGCCUGCAAGAGACUAUUGCGGAUGGAUUUGCCCGUUGCCGAUGACAACACAGUUCAUUUCAACUCUACCCUCAUGGCCUUAAUCCGCACUGCGCUGGACAUCAAGAUUGCAAAGGGAGGUGCAGACAAACACCAGAUGGAUGCGGAGUUGCGGAAGGAGAUGAUGGCGAUUUGGCCCCAUCUCUCCCCAAAGACCCUGGACCUGUUGGUCACACCACACAAGUCAGCGACAGACUUGACGGUGGGGAAGAUCUACGCCGCCAUGAUGAUCAUGGAGUAUUACCGGCAGAGCAAAGCCAAAAAGAUGCAGGCUCUCCGGGAGGAGCAGAAUCGAACGCCAUUAAUGUUUCAGCGCAUGGAGCCCCCUUCCCCGACCCAGGACGGUGGGCAGGGGGUCUGCAGUCUCCCAGAGCCACAGCAGGCACCCGUCAAUGAUGUUCCCCUGGAGGGGGGGAUGACGGGGAGCCAGUCCUGGGUGACCACGCGGGCGCAGGAGAUGUUCCAGAAGACGGGGAACUGGAGUCCGGACAGACCACCCCCGGACGAUCUGCACGACAACCGUCACAACCCGCAGACGGUAGAGAUGAGAAAGAUGGGGAGGGACGGUCGGUCGGACAGUGGGCUCUGUCUCCCCAUGGAAGCGCAUGGGAGGGCCGUUUCCAUGCCCGGCCUGUCAGCCGACAACCAAACCAUCGCGGACAGCAGCCCCCUGCGGCGGUCGUCCUCGUCGCUGGUGCACGGGCGCUCGGGGACGGGCGUGCGGCUGGACGACUACUCCCUGGAGCGGGUGAUCCCGGACGAGGGCCCGCGGCACGGGCAGAGGCGCCGCGAGCGCAGCCACCGCACCUCCCAGCGCUCGCUCAGCCGCUACACCGACGCCGACACAGGGCUCGGCACAGACCUCAGCACCACCACGCAGUCAGGUGACCUGCCGCCCAGGGACAAGGACCGCGACCGUGAGCGCGGGCGUGCCAAGGACCGGAGACACCACCACCACCAUCACCACCACCACGGCUCCGCAGACAAGGACCGCUACGCGCCCGACCGCGCCGAGUACGGUCACCGGCCCCACGACCGCGACCGCGACCGCCACUGGUCCCGCUCGCCCAGCGAGGGCCGAGAGUGCAGGACGCACAGACAGGGCAGUAGUUCAGUGAGCGGGAGCCCCGUCCCCUCGACCUCCGGCACCAGCACCCCCCGCCGCGGCCGCCGGCAGCUGCCCCAGACCCCCUCCACGCCCCGGCCGCACGUCGCCUACUCCCCCGCCUUGCGCAAGGCCGCCAACGCCCCGCACGGCCAGUGCAGGCUGGCCUCGCCCACCCCCCGCCACUGCUCCCCCCCGGGCCACGAUGCCCACCACCACCACCACCACCAUCACCACCACCACCCGCCGUCCCACCACGGCUCCCCCCGCGGCUCGCCCCGCUCCGCCCGCCACGCCCGCUGGGUGCCCGCCCCCCCCCACGACGGCCCGGAGGGAGACGGCUGCCUCUACGACCAGGACUACGACUAUGACCGCCACGAGCCGCCCGCCUACGACCAGAGCCUCCACCAGGGCAACCCCCACCCCCACCCGCACCCGCACCCCAACCCCAACCCCAACCCCAACCCCGGCCCCCGCUCGCCCAGGACUGCCCGCCACGCCACGCCUCCCCACUGCCAGCCGCCGCCGCCGCCGCGCCGCCUGCCCAACGGCUACCGCUCGGCCUCGCCCUCCCCACACCGGCAGGGCCCCCCCCACCCAGCUCACAGGCCCCCGCACCCCAGGGGCCCCCGAAAGGGGCUGCACGAACCCUACAGCGAGACCGACGAGGACGACUGGUGCUAGCCGGGAGGGAAGGGGGGGGGGGGGGCGCAGUACCGUCCUGUUCUUUCUACAGGAAGUGACACGGCGAGGAGGGCGGGGAAAGAGCUGUGGGAGAGAGCGUGUUUCUGGCCCGGCCGGAGAGAGACACGAGGACACGCACCGUUCGCCCCCCCCCCCCGCUCCACCCCUCCUGUUUCUGCUCUCUGCUGGGGGGGUGGGGGAGAGGACUAGACAAUGACGGAGAGGGGGUGCCGGGGGGCGACGCCAGGCGAGAGGGGCGUGUGGAUACGGGGACAGUGCCGCGUCCCACACGCUAGAGGCGAUUUCACAUGAGAGUGCCGACGGAGAACGCCUUUCAAUAAGACAGAAAUCACCGGAUGUAUAUUUUAAUACACGAGGGGCAAAAGAAAUAUUUUGCUAUGAUCAAUAAAAAUAUAUAUAUAUAUAUUUACAGACCAAGUUAAUUCAUCAAAAUUAACUAGAGCUAAGUGAAAGAAGCCAAAGCUAUGAGAUCAUUACGGGUACAUAUUUUGUACUGUAGCGCCAUGUCAAAUUAUUUAUUCUUUUAAAAAAUACAGCUAACCACUAAAGACCCAGCUGUAGCUAAUGCUUCAUGGCCCAUAAUGCUUCUAUAAUCUCAGAUUCCAUUCCUGCCAGUGGCUUUCUUUUUUCAGGAAAAAUAUGCAGCACCCUUGUUUAAAAUGUAUCACGGACCUAUUUAAGUUUGUCCUGCCAUGAUGGAGUUCAGUUGGUCUUAUCGAUUCAGCUGUGCCCCUACCGGCUGUGGUGAAGGUGAUUUCCUGUCUCCGGCCAAUCGCAGGGCUCCUGGUCGGCGAUCCUCUCAUGUGAUCUCGCUUCUGGACUAAUCGGUACGCGGCGUUCUGCGCUUGCCAGAAGGUUUUGCGCUCAGCCCGCCCAGUAUGCAAAAUGGCCGACAAACCGAUGGGAGUGCCACCAUACCCCGCUUCGCCCGCGGAAACAAAGGGAACAGAACAAAACAAACAAACAAACGAAAAAUAAAAAAUAGAGAGCGGACCCUUCCGUCGCACCACGCCGCGCCCUGCCUUCAGAAACAACCCGGCGGCGAAAAAGAAAACAAAGCGGUCAAGAAAAAAAUAAAAAAAUAAAUAAAUGAAGGAAUGAGUGAAUAAAUAAAUGAAUAAAAAAGGGGGUGGAGGGGCAGGAGGAGAGUGGGCGCCCUGCUUUUCAGGGCAGGCCAGAGGAGCUGGGUCCACCGCGGGAGACCUUACCCUGCUGCUGGGUACUAAUAGAUGAGUUUUAUCAUCUGUGUUUACCGUCCAUUACGCUGAACGUUGACACUGACCUCACCGCCUGUGUUUGCGUGCGUGCGUGCGUGUGUGUGUGUGGGGGGGGGGGGGGGGUGUUUGGUCAAGGCGACGGGGAGAAAGGCCUUUGAACUCGUGGAUGUGGUAAAGGGGUGGCCUGCCUGUCCCACUCCACCAAUCAAACCCCCCCCACCACCACCACCAUCUCAAACCACGGCUCCCACACAGCCAGCCCGGCCCUGGAAGGAAGAAAUGGGAAGGGAGGGGAGGGUGGUGUUUGCGAAACAACAGACAGAUUCUUCAGAAUAUCUUCUUCUUCUUCUUCUGCUCCUUCUUCCUGGUCUCCUUCCUCCUCUUCCUGAACAUUGGAGCUUAACGAUUCUGUUGCACCCGCUCUGCUUUGUUUGAACUCUUUGGGUAAAAUCUGAUGGAAUCCUGCAUGAUUAAUACUAAACUAACAGAGAGAAGCUUUACCGUCUGGGGUGGGAGGGUUUGGGGGGGGGGGGGGGGUUAAUUUACUGGUCCUCUGUUCGAGUGUGCGGGAGUUCUCUCUCUCUUGCUCUGUCUGCCUCAGUCUCUCUCUCUCCCGCGCUGCCUGUCGAUCUCUCGCUGUGCUCUUGCAUCAGUGGCGGGCUGAGGGCGUAUGGGUUUAUUUUUGUGGGGAUAGUUCGUUCAUUUUUUGUUCUGAAUUUCCAAACACACAUAUGACAGAACAAAGUGUAAACGUCUUCAUUAAACACCAGUGAACUUUUGGAUCCGCUUCACAGGUGGAUCUUUGCAAGAAUACUUUGACAUGUUACCAGCAUGCAAGCUACAUAGAAGCCCGUCCUCUUUAAGCAUAAAAUACCAGAGGCUUAAGUGGAGGAAAAGGUACAGUGCAAAUCGAGAGGAUUUGAGCACUGUGAUCUGACAGCUGACAGCCGAGCUGAGUUCCCAGGACAGUCCCAGGUCAGUCCCAGGCCAGUCCCUGGUCACAAUCUGCCCUGCUGUUAUGUUCUCCCCCAAACCACACUACUGCUCACAGUCUUCCACGGCUUUCCUAAGAAGAGCACCAGUGAAAGAGAGAGACGGAGACAGAGGGAGAGACAAAGAGAGAAUGUCUCCGUUUUAAGAGUUGAUUAGUUAUUAUUAAUGAUACUAAUUCUAUAAAUAAUGAUGCCAGUAUUAAUGAUAGUGAUUUUGAGAGAUGGAUUUUUCUUUUGUUGAGUUGUUUAUUUUUUUAAAUUCAGCUGUGUUCAUCUUAUUCUCAUUGUUGUGUUCCAGGAUGGGACUGUGGGGGGGGGGGGGGGGGGGGGGGGGGGGUGUGGAGCUCUGUGGAGAUAACACGGCACUAUGGGACUUGUGCACUUCCUGUCUCUCUGCAAAACUACAAACUGUGUAGUUUCUGAGAGCUGGUCACAUUGCGAUUGCCACCGCAGAGGAAGCAGAUUUCAAAGAAAUCUUUUUUUGGGGGUGGAGGGGCACAACUAAACUUUUAACCCGGCCCCACUAUCACUGUAACCCACGGCAACAAUUUAUGACCGGCCUGCUUCUUAAUUGCAAUCCCACUCCCGCACCCCCCCCCACUAUGCCAGCCUCCAGCCCUGGGGGGCAUUCUAUGAUGGGGGAGGCAGUGGGGGAAAGGUGUAGUUAAGGAGCGGAAGGUGGAGGUCUGAGCUGGAGCAGGACCACUUCAGAAGGGCCGCUGUAACAAUCAGUAUCCGCCACCUAGCCCCUCCCUCCAUGCGUCUCCAGUCACGGGCGCUCAAAAUCCCACAGUUUACCCCGCACGAAAAGUGUUUCACUUGUUUCUGAUGAGCCGAGGGAAAGAAAGUUGGGUUGAAGGAAUAAUCCAUGUUGAGGGGUCUCAGGAAAAAUGGAAAAGAAAAGUCAUAUGGUGCAGCUACAGCACGGUGCAGUGCUGGAAUGAAAACCCAUCCGAUUCUCAUACGGGGCUGUCAAAACACAGUCAUUUAAAAUAAAAACUGUGGCUGCUGGCUAUUAUUGGCUUUUCCUCGGAGGCCCCUCAACUGUUCCUAAAUCUGAUUAGUGAAAAUGUUUGUUGCUUUCUCAUCGCAGCGUGAGAGAGAGAUGCACUAUUGAUCAUGUUAAUCACGAUCAAUGCUGCUCUGUUUUUCUCAUUCAGAUUAUUUUUCUGACGCAGGAGGGGUGGGGGGGAGGUUGAGUAUUUGUUGACCACAAGGUGGUGCUGUUUUGUCUUUGGGAGGAGAUGGGGAGGGGGGGUAACGCCAACCCAGCCGACACGGCUGCCACCAGGGGGCGACACAGCCCACUGUUGCCGCUCACGUCUCCCUGCCUUCCUGUCGUCAUGACAGCCAGUCUGUACCCACGAAGUGUUCACUGCGUUCGGGACGUGCGCCACAGCCAAAACAACCGCACAGAAGGACCAAGGGCUACGCUCUUCCUGCCAAACUUUCCUCUGCCCCCCACCCCUCGCCCCACAGCCCCCAGCCCCCACCUCCACGCACCCCUUCAAUCCUUUAGCGUUUCUGUCCACUGAAACCAACUUUGACUUCUCAGUCUUUCUCGCUGCACUACCAAGGUAUUCGAUACAAUACUGCUCCCAUCACUGCCACGUGACUAGGUUUCUCCUUAUUGUUAUCACUGUAGAGGUUGCUCCCACCUACAGUCCUCUAUCAGCCUGUUCAUGCUAUAGCAAGCAAUGCUAGAGGUCCCCAUCCCCGGACAUUGUACGGUACAGGCGUGUUGCUAGGCGACGCCUCUCUUCAGAGGUCCCUGCGCACGCGUGACGUAGCACAGGUGUUAGCCACACAGCGAAGGAGCGUGCUGUGCCACUUCAGAGAGAGGUUAGAGAGAGGCGUCUGUGCGUUCACAGGCACGAUUCUAUGCAGAUCACUGCAGGCCAGCUUUUAAUAGCGCUUCACCACUUCAGCAGUGUGGUCCAGUUUGUGUGUGUGUGUGUGUGUGUGUGCGUCACAGAACGGUGGACGUACAUGAAUGGCACCUGAUCUAUAGCCACCUUGUUUCCACCCUGUUAUGGCCACUCAUUUGGUUUCCUUCUCCCUGCUCUCUCUCUCUCUUUCUCUCUCUCUUGCUGCCUAUCUCUCUCUCCCUCUCCCUCUCCCUCUCCCUCCCCCAGUAGUUACCAUCUCCAGGCCACCAUCAGGAAGAGGGGUGGCUCGACACCCCGGGUCUCAGAGGAUGGACUAAAUUGGCUAGGGGUUAGCAUUCCUGAUCCUGGAGAGCCACAGUGCCUUCUGACUGUUAUUUCAUGCAAACCCCUUAUUUAACAGGACCAUCUAUAGGCCUUAAUGACAUGAGUAUUAGUACCAGUGACCGUGUGUUUGAGCUUCUCUGUGGCCAGCUUGGUCUGGGGUAGGAGAGGUUUAUGGGCCCUACUGCACGGUGGUCGCUUUGUUGCUAAGGUGCAAUCGCCCUGGCAACUGCGUCCAGUCUGCCAGUGAAAUUCUGCCAUUUCUGAGGUUUAACUGAUUUGUUAAUAUUCAGUUUCUUAUCAUUGAAGUGUAAAAGAAGCGCAUUUAAAUGUGUAACAUAAGAAUGGAUUGGAUUUUACAGAUACUCACCUGUGAGUUUGGCUCUACUGCCAAGAGAAAGGAAAAACCCUCCCUCUUUCUCUCUCUCUCUCACCCACUUCUUCUCUAUCGCAUUCUCUCUUACUUCCUUUCUCCUUGCUCCUUUUCUUCAUCGUUCCCUUUCCUGAAACCUGGACCCGAAACUGGGAAUACAGGAUUGGCCAUUUCGAAUGAAAUCAUUUUGGCUCCAAAUGUUGCAUGUUUCACACCUUGUGGAGCCAAAAUGGCAAACACCACUGCAGUUACCAACAAAAAAAUGGGUGUCUUGUGUGCUCCAAAAGACAGCGCAAAUCGUGUCACAAUACAUGAUCAUCCCAAAGCUUAUUGUGUUUCCCCGCUACUUGUUUUCCUCUUUAUGACCAAGCGAUUUUUGCGAUUGCUGUCGCUGUGCAGGUCUCUUCCUUCAUUCCUCUUAUCGUCCUUCAUCUCAAUUCUCUCAAUUACUUCUCGACAUUUUGUUCACUAAUCCAGACGUGGGUUCUCUUUCUUUUCUCAUUACCAUCCCCCAUUUUCCUGUCGUCUUCCCCCUUCUCUCUCCUCUCUUUCCCUCUAAAAAAGUGUUUACAUAUGGAGCCCCAUCCCAUUGUCUCCGCAUGUCCUUCCCUUUCAGGGAACAAAGGAGAGGCGGUCCAUCCAUUCAGUGGUACCCGCGUCUGAUUUUUGGAUGGUGUGUAUCUCUAGUGUGAUGAUAACGGUAGUGCAUAAAUAAGGGCUUUCUUGUGAUGGUUCGAGGUGGUGAGACCAAAAGCAAUGCUCACGUAGCCGCACACACUCCGCACGCUCUUCUCUGUGUGUUAGCGUAAAAAAAAAAAAAAGGCACAGAGAUGGAAGGACUAUGU